GGUUAUUUAAUGUUCAAACCACGCUGCAAACUUAUUUACGAAAUCACGUCAUUAUUAUUAUUUUUUAUUAGUGAGAAAUUGGUGUUUACAGUCACACAACAAAAACAAAAAAAACAGCCGAGUCGUGUCUGCUUCUCUCAGCCGGGCGGGCGUUGUCAGACGGAGCCGAGCCCACAGGACGUGCAGUCAGACCGCUGCUAACGCUAAGUCUCCGGGAGUUAGCUAGGGAGCUAACCAUGAGCUAACGAGCAGCUAGCUCAGUCCAAACGACGCACCGAGGUGAACGCUGUCUACAUUUACCGGAAUCAUCAUUCGGACCCUUUUUUUUUUUUGUUGGGUUGCAGCUGGAUUUUACGGCCUUCAUUUCACAAUCCUUCCCUUCUACCUUUCCCACUCGGAUCUCUCGGCAUACAGAGCCAUGGCAGCUGCUAAGCCAAAAGGGCAGAACUCUCUGGCCCUUCACAAAGUGAUAAUGGUGGGCAGCGGAGGGGUGGGCAAGUCAGCCCUCACGCUCCAGUUCAUGUACGAUGAGUUUGUUGAAGACUAUGAGCCCACCAAAGCAGACAGCUACAGGAAGAAAGUGGUGCUGGACGGGGAGGAGGUGCAGAUUGACAUUCUGGACACGGCCGGACAAGAGGACUAUGCAGCCAUCCGAGAUAACUACUUCCGCAGCGGCGAGGGUUUCCUCUGCGUGUUCUCCAUCACAGAACUGGAAUCGUUCGCAGCGACAGUCGACUUCAGAGAGCAGAUUCUGCGAGUGAAGGAGGACGAGAAUGUGCCAUUUCUCUUAGUUGGUAACAAGUCCGAUUUGGACGACCGACGGCAGGUCAGCGCCGAGGAGGCAAAGGCCCGCGCCGAGCAGUGGGGCGUGUGCUACGUGGAGACUUCUGCCAAAACCCGCGCCAACGUCGACAAGGUGUUCUUUGACCUGAUGAGAGAGAUUCGGGCGAGGAAAAUGGAGGACAGCAAAGAGAAGAACGGGAAGAAGAAAAGCAAAAGUUUGGCCAAGCGAAUUCGAGAGAGAUGCUGUAUUUUAUAGUGGUAAACGUGAGCAGGAUAGCUGCUGAUGUACAUGUACAUUUCUCGGACUUUUGCAUUUAUUUUUGCGCACAUACCUGAUCAUGACUUUCCGUUCCUGAAUAACAGCACAUCUGACCGUGUGUCAGGAAGUAGUAAGGUGGCCUCUCUCUCUGUCUCUCUGUCUCUGUCUCUGUCUCUGUCUCUGUCUCUCUCUCUCUCUCUCUCUCUCUCUCUCUCUCUCUCUCUCUCUCCCUCCCACAUUACAGAGUGUAAUACAUGGAUGGUGUUUGAUUUAGGCCCUAAGCUUGACACGAGGCUAAGCCCCCGAAAUGUUACAGAACCUUUCAUUGUGAAGUUUUGACGUGUAUGAUGUAGUCGGACAGCUGUGCAGUUUAAAAGAAAAGAGACGAGAGUGUCGGAGCCGAGGUUUAAACGGGGAAGUCGGGUUCGUAAAUGUAAGUGAAGAGACUCGGCGUAGCAUCAACCCAGAAUUCCACCAAGUGCCACCAAGGAAAUGUAGGUUGCACUGGUGACUUUAUGAAGCAUUUUAAUUGAAAAGUUCGUUACUAAGAUGCCAUUAAUUAAUUCUUCUUCGGGGUUA